AUGCAAUCAACAAAGAAUGAAGAUAAAAGAAUUCUUAAUGGAGAAUGUACUUUGCCAGAAGAUUAUAUUUCAUCUAGUAUAGAGUAUAUUACUGCUAUCGGAAAUGUAGCAGAAUCUUUCUUUCCAUUAUUGAAAGUAGCUACUACAGUUGUUUCAGAAAUUUAUAAAGUUUAUGAUAAUGCAAAAUAUAAUUUAAAUAUUUGUGAUUCAUUAAUGGAUCGUGUUAACGCUGCAGAAGUUGUUAUAAAAACUUUAGAAAGACGAAGAGUUAUGAAUAAAGAAAAUUUUCAAAAUCUUGAAUAUCAUAAAUCUUUUUUACGAUUUAUUGAAAUAUUAGGAAAGAUUAAAUCAUUUAUUGGAGAAGUAUCUACUAUUCAAGGUUUUAAUAAAUUUUUUAAUGCAACUGUAACCAGAAAUAAAUUUAGUAACCUUAUAAAUGAAUUUGAAGUUACUAUGAAUGAAUUGCAUUUUACAAUGUGUGUAUCAGAUGAAGAACAAAGAAGAAUAGAUCAACAAAGUUUAGAUUUUGAUAUCAAAACUAUGUCAAAGUUUCUAGAAAAAAUUGAAGGUAACAUUAUAGACAAUGAGAAUACUCUUAAUACAGUCCUACAAGAAGUCAUGAUUAUAAAGAAACAGAUGGAAACCUCUAAUGCAAAGAAAUUUAGAGUAACUAAUAUACCUUCAAAUGAAUUAUCCGAUCCCAUAUUUUGUAAUACAAAUCGAGUUCAAGGGAGAAAAGAACCAUAUAUUUUAAAAAAAAUUUAUAAAGGACAGGAUGUCAUUUGUAAACCGGCAACUAUUGUACAGGAUGACACCGAGGAUACUUGGCAAGAUGUACGUUAUAGAGCAUCUCUUCAAAAAAUAUUUUUGGAUCUUUGUAAAUUAGCAUCACAAAAUGAUAAUAACGAUGAUUUAACAUCAAAUUUAAAUUUAUUACCUGAUAAUUAUGAGGAUCAUAAGAAAUAUC